AUGUCGGGGGGGCACGCGAACAGCCGCGAUCAGGACAGGGAGGACCGCCGGUUGGCGGAGAUGGACGCGAUGGGGUCGGAGGUGUUCAACCUCAAGCUCGCCGUACAGGAGUACGAGGACCGACUGGCGAAGCUGUACCAGACGGAGGACCGCUCCAAGUGGCGGGGGCCAGCGACCCUUCUGACCGAUCUGGAAGCCGCCGACCAGGAGGUAGACCGCUUGGAAAACACGGUCUCGAAGCUAAGGGACCAGCUUCACGGGGUAAGAGGCGGCGGCGGCAGCAGCAGCGAUGGCGGUGCCGGUGCCGGUGCCGGUGGUGGUGGUGGUGGUGGUGGUGACGGCGAGUACGACUCCACGUUGUGGCCGGACACCCCACGGCAUCAGGCGAGCGUAGAGGAACUCCGAGAGCAGAUUGCCGGGCUCGAGGAGGACAACAGAGUCCUCGCUAGUGCGGCCGGUUGGGAGCUCUGUGGCGCAUCAGAGGGGGAAGAGGAUGACGCGUUGCUAGUGCCAACGGGGCCAAGCCAGCGGGUACAGGCCAUCGAAGGGUUGAGCAACAGGAUGAAGAAGCUCUCCGCGCUGCUCGACUCGACCUUGGAGAGGGAAGCUGACGCCAGAGCGGCGGCAGAGGACGCCUAUUCAAGGAUGGAAGAUGCGAUCGCGAGGACAGAAGAACUGGAGGUAGCCGUGUCGCUCUACAAGAAGGAGAAGGAAUCCGCGCAGGGGCGCGAGAGCGCCCUCAGGACCGAGAUGGAAGAAGCACGCAGCAGGGCCGCGAACAGACCGCCGCCGGCCGACAAGGAAGGGGACGGGGAGGCGGUGUCGGCGGGGGCUGGGGUGGAGAAGGCCUCGAUGAGAGCCACUACGGGAACGAACACGGAAGAGGAAUGGCCCGCCGUCGAUGCCGCCAGCGACAAGUUGGAAGCCCUUGAGGCGGACGUGAAGCGAUGGCAGGAGACCUGCGACCACGCCAACGCCCAGAUGUUGAAGGAAAAAAGCCUGGCGGAGGAGACCGCCCGACGGCUAUCGGAGAAGGAGGCGGCGGUGCGAGAGCUGAACGCCAGAAUCACGGCAAUGGAGGCAGCGGCGGCGGAAGCGGAGGCCGCGGCGGCGGCAGCAGCUGCGGCUCCUUCCGCUGUUGGUGCGGGCGGUCGUUCUCCAACGGGUGUCCGACAGUCCCGAAACCCCGAAGAAGACGAAACCGUCUCCAGCGACCAAGAAGGAGAGAUGGAAGGAGAUGGCGUUUCGUCGUACGCUCCUCCUGCUUCUGUUGCUGCCGCCGGCGCCGCCGCCGCUGCUGCGAGCAGCGACAGCAACAGCGGUUCCGUGAGGUCCGCCGCGCUGACGGACAACGACGGGACGUGGAAGGGUCGGGCACGGGCGAGCGCGGACACGGUCACCGCUGCCGACGACGCCGUCAGGAGAAUCACGCCGGGGGCGGGCGCGGCAGACGACGGAGAUGACGACCUUGAUGUCUCGUCGCCGUCAUCGUCGCGGUGUGAGGGAGACGGCCACGGCCGAGCUGAUGGAGAAUUGGCGGUGACGGCGGCGUCGGUGUCGGCGGCGGCGGCGGAUUCACCAUCAGACCUCGUGUCAGGUGAAGAUGAUUUCCACGACGACAAGAGGGCUGGGCAAGGGGAGAGUCGUGGUGGCACACGGCGGCCGCAGCAGCAGCAGCGGUCGCCCCGGGGGGCGGACGCGGGGUGCAAGACGAAGGAGCCUGCCGGAGGGCGAGGGGGGGUGCCGGCGGGGGAACAGCAGUUGCGGCAGAAGCAGCACGACGCCGAAACGCUCGACCUCGAGUAUUUGUCUGGGUCGUCGGGAAGGAGGAGGACGAGGAGGAGAAGGAGGGAAGAAAUUGCGCCCCUUGUUGGCGGCGGCGAUGGUGAUGGUGACACCGACGAGGACGAGCUCUCGACGGCGGAGUGCUCCGCGGAGACGGGAGUUGUCGGCGGCGGUGGCGGUGCUGGUGGCGGCGGUAACGCUGUCGGGGUUGGCUUCGACUUCUCCUCGGAGGUUCAGGAAGAAGGGGAGGAGGACGGGCGAGGACAGGAAGGGGAACAACAACCGGUCGGUGUACGUCUAGAUCGAUCUGACGGGCUGGACAGGAAAGACCAACGGCUUGCGUUCAGUCGAGAAGCAGCACACGCCUUGCCGCCGGUGUCGCCUGCAGCGGAGGACGACGCGGAGCAGCAGCAGCAGCAGCAGCACAAUGGUUGGCAGCACACUCAAGACCAAGGAACAAGUGUCAUCAGCCCGGGACAGCGCCCGGCAACAGGAGCAGCGGCAACAGCGGUAGUCUUGGGGAGCGACGAGCUCGCCGCGGCUACCCUACGUGCGGAGAGCGCCGCCCUCCGGGCCGAGGCCUCCGCGCAGCGGGCGGCCCUAGCCGCGAAGAGCGCCCGCGUCGACCGAGAGGGGGCCGAGAUGUCGGCGCUGGAGGCGAACGCGGCGGUGGCGGCGAUGGCGCAGGGGACGAAGUCAGCCACCGGCGCCGGCGCGGACCCCGCCGCAACGGCCGCCCCCGUUCACGGGUCGUUCGGAGGCGGAAACGUGUCGCCGCGUCCACCGGCCGGCAGAGAGUCGCCGACCGCGAGCUUGCAGCACCAGGAGCAGGAGCAGCCGUCCCGCGACGGCAUAAUGCACCACCACCGACCGGCGAGGGAAGAGGAUACGGAGGCGUCGUCCCUCGGGAGCGGGGUCACGCGGAGCUCGGAGGCGGGCUCGGGCAGGUUGCGGGCGUCCGGUCGUGCGCAAGACGUGGACUACUGGAACCGGCCGGCCACAAUGGCGGCGGCGAUGGCGGCGGUGGCAGCUGUCGCAAGAGGAGAUGAAAGUGCGCAACGCGAACGGAGAACGGGGGGGGCGAAGCCCAAGCCUUCGGCGGCGUCGUUGUUGAACGGAGGGAGUGAGACGGGCAAGAGACUCGCUACAACAGGCGGGGGGGCUGCAAGAGGCGAAGGUAUCGACAUCGUGCUGAACAACGACCACGGGUCCUUUGCAGGCACUCUAACGGGGAGGAGUUCAUCCGAGGCAUCAUUCGGUGCCCCGCCGCUGCCUCUGAGCGAAGCGGCGGCAACCGUUUCGCGGGAGGCAUCACGGCGACGGCAACGGAUACUCAAGCACGUGGAGGUGGGCCGCGGCGGGCAGGAACACUACCACGACGCCGCCGCCGCCGCCGUCAGGCGGUGCAACAGUCCCGCCGAGACCUCGGGACCCUCGUUCGGCGGGGUACCCGCCGACGCUUCUGCCACGGACGGCGGCGGCGCCGUUCUCGUGGACGAUGGCUUCUACGGAGAUUGUUUCUCUCCUCUGGAGCGGCGGUCAGCCUUGGCUAUGCCCCCGAGAACGAUCCCCCACCCUCGAGGGUGGGACGGCGGGGCGGUGGGUACCUCGAGGCCUAAGGCCAAGGCCACUAAGAAGAGAAAGAAUCGGUCGACUGCCGCCGCCGCCGCCGCCGCCGCCG